AUGUCAACAGUAAACACUGUAAUCAUAAGUAUAUCUGGUAUUGCACUACAGUACCAAAAACGAUGGAUCAAGGCCCCUGAAACGCAUACGCGCCAUAGCCCAUCAGACACGCCCGACGUAAAGUCAGCGGAUGUAUUUCAAUUUGCCGAAACGGAAACGCCAGAAAAUGCUCCUGAUGCAGGAACUACUUACAGCCCCUUCGUUGACGACUCUUGGACGACCGAGCCUGUAUCAGGCGGCGGCGAAGGGCCACUUGAAGUUGACGUUAACUAUCAGACUACAGUUAAUUUAAUCGAUGCAGAGGUAGACUAUCAGACUACAGGUUCUCCAGUCGGUGCUAAUACAGACGCUAACUACCAGACAAUUUACCCAAUUGACAAUGAUACAGAAGUUGAUUACCAAACUACAGGUCACUCACUUAGUGUUGAUGAUGGGUCUCAGACAGAAAGUUACGUGGAUAUUGGUGAUCCCACGAAAUAUAUAGAACCCGUUGAACCCACGGAUAUCAACAGAGCUUUAGAAAUUGACGAAGACCAGAUUAGGAACAUCAUUCGUGUCAGUCUAGAGAAGAAGGUGAACGGAGGAGAGAAUGGCGGGCCCUUCAGCCAUCGUGUCUUGGAGAUUGACGAGGAGGAGAUCAGAAACAGUAUUCGAGAGAGAGUACAAGAAGCCAACGAUAUGGAUGAGAAUAUCGUUCCGUCUUUCACGAGUGGUCGGCGAAAAGCAGAGGAAGAAGGGGGACAGGUAUCAGACGCAAGUAUGACAGAAACGUAUGGCCAUGGAGAGGGUGAUCCAAAGUUUUUCCUGAGUGAUGGAAACGCUGAUGUAUUGCUGGAAAGUGGAUGGGCUGAGGGAGAGUCAAACGGCGGGGAAGUAAUGGACAAAGAACUGGAAACGGAAGUAACAACGGAGCCAGACAUGGCUGGCGGGGGAGAAGUAGAGGACGACAACGCAGUGGACUGGGCAGCCACGCGAGUGAAGGGAGACGGCGAAAAGGACAAUAACAAACUCAGCACAGACGGAGAGCAGUCUCUGGAAGAAGGCUUUGACUCGUCCAUUGAGGAUGAAAAAGGCGAGAUCGACGGCGUAAAAGAAGAAGAAAAGGCAGGAGAAACAAUAAAUACCCAGACGAUAGGCGAGAGAAUAAUGGCGUUGGAGGAGGCGGACGAAAUCGAGCAGUUCGACCCGGAGAAGGUGGAGGAGAACCUGAAGCGUCUUGAGGGGUAUUUCAGAGAACUGAAAAAGAAAUCGAGUUUUGAGGGAAGGAGCGACAAAGGCCAAGCUGGCCUCUCCUCCCAGAGUCUGUGGGAGUACUUGCUGUCUUACGUAACGACAGACGACCAGGAGAAACCCAGCAAGACAUUACUUGUUGAGAAGACGCUUGCUCACCCGUGCGACAUGCUUAAGAGUAAUUUUCACUCAUGGAAGAGGCAUGCUACCCGCGUGAACGUGGUCGUGGUGGGCGGGGGCGUAGCUGGUCUGGCCGCCCUCAGGACUCUCACUAGCAUGGGCGUCGAGGAUGUCCUCCUUCUGGAAGCGACGAACCGGCUGGGCGGACGCAUUCACACCGUCAGGCAUGGCAUGACCGGCCUCGUUGUUCCUGAGAAUAAACAGUGGCAUCCAGCUGACAAGUACGAUUCAUGGCAGAGCAAAAUUGGAGACUGUAUUAAUGUAAUUCAGGAAGCUUUUUAA